UAUCUUCACUCAACCUCACUCAUUAUAUAAACAACACUCUUCUCCUCGAAGCUCAGAGAAACGCAUAAAGACGUAGCGAUGAAGACGGUAUCGGUGGACGAGACCAAAAACACGGUGGUGCUACGAGCUGAGCACCGGGACGAGGAAGGUAGGAAAGCUGUGGAUAAACUCGAGUUAAAGACUCGAAACCCCGACACGAUCAAGCAAGUCGAGAAGAAGCUGAUGGACAAAGGCGUCCAAAGGAUGGAGAGGCACCCUUCCGACGGGACUCAGAUCAAACGUCCGCCGCCGAAGUCAGGUCACGGCGGGAAGUACACGUGGGAGGGGUCUGAUCGGAUGGAGGACUACGAGAUGCAGCCGGAUCCGGCGGCGAUGGAUGAAGGCGAUCCUAACUACGACGAGGAGAAGAUCGGCGGUGGUGGUGGUGAUGACGUGGCGGUGGAGGUUGUGAAAGGAGAGGUUGAGGUGGCGAAGGAAGCGCCGGGAGGUGUGGCUAGGGUGGAGGUUGAUCCUCGCUUGAUCACUACUCCUUGAGUUGCUAGGACAAGGGGGAAAGUGUUGGGGCGAAUGUGAGAAGGGAGUGAAACUUUGGGGGUUUGAUUUUUAAUUUAAGUUUGUGACGUUUUAAUGUAUUGUUGACGUGUUGGGACGCUAUUUGUGUAAAGAAAUAAUAUAUACUGCAUUGAAAUGUCUCACUUGGUUUCUUCAUGUCACAGUCACUUAAUGAAUUAAUUAUUAGUUGCUGUCGGCCACUUUUACU